UAUCUUUAAAGAUGAAUCGUCUCCCUUUACUUGACAUGUCUAUGUUGUUGUCCAGCCAAUUAGGCUUUUAUGAUAUUAAGGGUGUGAUCAUUAUGGAUAAAACCAAUGGCGAUUUAUUUUCGUCUGUUGGAAAGUUCUUUCAUGGUAGAGAUCCACAGCUAGAUGCUCGAUAUGUCUUUAGAGUCUUGAAUUACAAGAUACAAAAGAAUCUAAAAGUGUUUACGAGUGAUGGGUUUGGAUUUCUUCUCUAUUGUAAUUGCGUUGUUUAUUUAUUUUGCGAUAGGUUUUCAAGAAAUAUCUUGGUUGCUUUUGCUGAAAAUACACCAGCAAAUUUGGAAAUAUUAGACGAUUUUAAAGAUCCAGAUGCUCCAUUCUUUCCAAUUACCUCAACCGAUUGUCAUCCAAAUCCUGAGGCAAAUUUAAUUUCAACUUCAACUUCAGCUUUUAUUCUUCAUUCCAACUAAUCAAAUGGUUUAAAUAAUUUAAGUGAUCAAAAUGAACUACAUGAAUAAGCUAGAAUUUGUCUAUCAACUUUUUUCUAACUUCAAUUAACUGCUCUAUGAUAUAUCACAACAAAAACCACUAGAAAACUUACACCAUCUUAUAC